CACUGUAGACACAGCAAACCUCAUAGCAGGGGAAAGGUUUUCAGGGAAGAAAAUCAGAGAGGAAAGGAGAAGAGACUUGGGAACUAGAGUGUCUUGGAGUCUCAACCAUGGUUUAGAGCUUCAUUAUUGAAAGUGAUUAAAGGAGCAGAACAAGAUUUUGGAAAGAGGAGAAGUUGGAAUCUUGAAACCCUUCCCCAUUCACUUUUUCAAGACUUUCUAUCCAGAUAGAGAUGGAUGAGAUGGAUGUCGGAUGUUACCUCCAACGGAUUGGAUUCCAAGAUGCCUCCACGUGCCCUUCUUUGGAGACCCUGAAGGGCCUCCACCGUUCCCAUCUCUUCUCCGUACCCUUUGAGAGCCUCAGCAUCCAUUGUCAGGAGCCCAUCUGCCUGGAAUUGCCUCGUUUGUAUGAGAAGAUUGUCCAAAACCACCGCGGUGGCUUUUGUUAUGAACUGAACGGACUUUUCCGGUGGUUGUUGCAAACUUUGGGAUUUGACACCAAAAUCUUAGCGGCACGUGUCUGCAACCGCUUCACACAGUGUUAUGGUCCUCCAUUGGACCACUUGAUCCUUUUGGUAGACUUGGACGGACAGCAGUUCCUGUGCGAUGUUGGGUUCGGAGAAGGUUUCCUGGAACCGUUAGAGUUGAAGCCGGAGGUGGAACAAGUUCAAGAAGGAGGCAUAUUUUGGUUGAGCCUGGAAGGAGCUACCUGGGUACUGGAAUAUCGGGAAAUUUCUGGAGAGAGGGGGAGAUUCCUCUAUAAAUUCACCCUAGAGGAGAAGCAACUGGAAGACUUUUAUGAUAUGUGUCUUUACCACCAGACAUCACCCUGUUCUAUCUUCACCUGCAAAUCCUUUUGUUCAUUGCGCAAAGCAGCUGGUGGACGUCUGACCUACAUGGGUCAGCGGCUCAUUUCCACAACCGGAAAGGAGCGUAUGGAAACGGUCUUGCAGGACUCCGAGAUCCCAACCAUUCUCUUUGAUCAAUUUGGGAUCAAACUGAAGAGUUUUGAACCCAAGGAUGAAAAAAUCCUGCCGCCUCCUCAACAAGAUUAACCAGUGGGGGAGAAGCCAAAAGGGCGAUCUCUUUUUAGAUUGUAAUGAAAUAUGGAAUUGGGCAGGUUGAUUUAUUAAGGAUCUGUGGUUAUCUCUUGAACAAGAUUAAUUCCUGGGGAAAGCCAAAGGUGAUCAGUUUUACAUUGUAAUCAAAUAUGGAUUAGGGCAGAUUGAUUGAUGAAGGAUCUAUUGAAGAUCAUGCCCGGGAUCAUGCUUGUGAUUCUGUAAGGGUUAAGAGAUACUUCAACUAAGUUUGGAUAGCCUACUGAUUAGUGGUAUAGUGUUGUAACAAUUACUGGAUCAUCAUUUAGAUUUUUAAGGAACCCUGCAUGUGAUUUUGCCUGUGUUUGCACACUUAUCAAUGACUGCUACAUAAAAGAUGAA